GCACGCUGGGCGGGCUGCGCGCGCGGCGGACGUUGAGAAUGUGGCGGCUCGCGCGCGGUCGGCCCUUAACGGUCGCCGCUGUGGUGGCGGCGUCGGCGAGCGGGAGCCCCGGCGGCUGGUACGGGUGGCUGGCGCAGACGGCGCCCGUGCACUGGGCUGAGGGUGGGCUGGUCGCCCUGCAGGCGGCCGCCGGGCUGCCGUGGUGGGCCGCCAUCGUUUGCGGCGGUGCCGCCCUCCGCACCGCCGUCACCUUGCCGCUCGCCGCCCACCAGAGGCGCCUCCUGGCCAAGUUGGAAAAUUUACAACCUGAAAUUAAAAAACUUUCUGAGCGUCUUCGCUAUGAAGUUUACGUUCGUGGGAAGCAACUGGGUUGGUCUGAUAAGGUUGCCAGGUUUCAUUUUAAGAAGAACCUACGGAGGAUUAUCACGGAACUGUACAUUCGAGACAACUGCCAUCCCUUCAAAGCAACCUUACUGGUGUGGGUGCAGAUUCCGAUGUGGGUCUUUGUGUCCCUCGCUUUGCGCAACUGCAGCAUUGGUGCCUUGAACUCAGAAGUUCAAGAACAGUUUUCGACAGGUGGAACAUUGUGGUUUACAGACCUCACAGCACCAGAUUCUACGUGGAUUUUGCCAGUUUCACUUGGGCUCUUGAAUUUGCUGAUAGUAGAGAUUUUUGCCUCACAAAAAAUGGAAGUUUCCAGGUUCCAGAAGCUUGCUACAAAUUUCUUUAGAGUGUUGUCAGUAGUAAUGAUCCCUGUUGCUGCAACGGUCCCCUCAUCCAUGGCGUUGUACUGGUUGUCCUCAAGCUUCAUGGGACUCUCACACAACCUGUUGCUCCGUUCUCCGACCUUUCGCCGACUGUGUUCCAUACCAAGGACCAAAUCUGACUCGGAUACUCCUUACAGGGAUAUCGUGUCUGCCUUGACUACCAGAUACAGUUUUAAGGAAUGAUGCGUUUUGAACUUUUGAAAGAGCUGUCCCACAAAGCUAGCAUGCAUAAUUGAGAAGUGGUAUUUUGUUGAGAUGUGCUUAUUUUACUUACUGUCAAGUGCUGCAGCUGAAAUAUAUUUAUUUUACAAAGGAAAUGCUGACCCUCUGGCUAUAAUGAAUGAUUCAUCAGCACAAAUUUAAGUUUAUUGGGAGGUUUGGUUUUGAGGAUGCUGGUUUUGCAAUUAGUAUGGUUUGGUGAUGGAAGUCCAUCACCUAAAUAGUUGUAAGGAAUUGUGAAGAUGAAUAUUAAAUAAAAUUGUGAUUCAUGUAGGCUGUCUUCUUGUAGUGAAGCUGAUCUGACCUGUGGACAAUUGAACUAUGAAUUCUGGGGUGAGUAGAAAGAGUAGAUGGGCUGACACAGUGUAGUUAUUGGUUUGUUAAUUUAGACAUGGGUGCACGUUGAUUGGUAAUCAGUUAGAGUCAAUUGGAAAAUGGAGUCAAGUUGUGUGGUUAAUGUGACAUUUUGCAACAGUUCUGACAGAUGAUUCAUGCAAACUGCAAAGCAAACUAGGUCAUUAGCAGUCUUUUGUGCAUCAGAUUUGGAGUUAGGGGGGUAAGUGUCUUGUUUCUGGUGUACAACUGUUAAGUGACGACAUUAUGGUUUUGAUUUUUUUCAUGUAUAAAAUUGAGUAACAGCUGCCCAUUGUACGUACUAAAAUGAUGCCAGUAACAUCUUGAAAAAGAAGAAAUCAAAUAUUUUAUGCAACUGUACAUCAACUAUUCUAAUAUAAGUUCUAAAGGUAAACUGCAAAUGCUUUAUGCCUCAAAGGACCUGUGUUUGAGUGUUUUUGUUUGUUUGCUUUUAUGUAAGCAUCUGUGUAAUUAUAUGUAAGCACUUCCUGUAGGGGUAGUUUACGUUUACUUCUAACCUUGCUCUGCAUACAUUUAAAUUAGUAGAUGAAGCCUAUGCACACUGAUAUUCCUUUGCACAGAAGUUUGUGCAAGUCCAGUCUCAUAAAAAGCAAUGUUUUCUUACAGAAGAAUCAGGAUAGAAAGCAAAAUAUUUCUUUGCUGUCAUAUGGUUGUCAUACAACAGAAACAAGAUGAUUCAUGGUGUAACUGUUCAAGUCACUGCUCAUUAAUCUUUGAUAAGAGCAAGUGAUUUUAAAAAUACCUGUGGUGGUUUUUUGUUUGGAUGGUUAGUUUUUGUCAAAAAAAAAAACAUUUGUCUCUGGGAAAAAAGAAGCAAACGGAGCACAGGGCUGACAGCAGAUAACAGUACCAAGGCAGUGAUCACAUGCCUUUGUCAUGGCAGAAAGACUCUGGAGUCUUCUGUUUUAUUUCUUCUGUUUGUUUCUAGUGUCCUUGUUCUUGUAAAUGUACUGUUUAACACUGUUUCCUUAAGAAUAAUGGUGAAUUUAGUCUUCUGUAAUAAUGUUUAUUUCCCAAAAAGGUGUUUUCUUCCUUUUUGAGGUUUCAGUCAGAGGUUGUACUGUUGUUUGCAACCAUGUAUGCAGUUCUUCAGGUACAGGAAAGUAGGUUUGUUAUUACAGUAAGGAGGUGCAUUUACAAGAUUUUGUAUGUUGGUUGAUGAACAUAUGAGGUUUUGUCAUUUUAAAUGUUGGAGAGUGACUCACUUCGCAAUGCUAGCUGGCCUGGCUGAAUGGAAAAAAAAGGUAAUGAAGCUUGGUGAGAUAUUGCAGUUGAUUUUUGCUCACAGAUUUUGAGAAUGGGUGACUUCGGUAUACUUUGUGACCUCACAUAGCAUAGCAGGAUUUAGCGAGUUUACUAAUGCUACUACUAAAGCUGAAGGGAAGCUUUUCGUCAACUAAAAUGGCAACGGGAUAAGACCUAAAGGGCCUGGCUGAUAAUUUUCUUGUGCUCAGCGUCAUAGGUCUCAUGCAACUAAAGAUGGCAGGAGCAGGCCCUUCUUCCUUCAUUACGGGUUUAUAAUUCUUUCAUAGUAGAUCUCUACUAAGGUAGUAUAGAGUGUGUGAUUUUUCUGAGUGAUGGUGAGGUCAAGUGUUAAGUUUAGCAUUUGUUAAAUAAACACAGAAAUAAUAGAAAUGAAUAAAGACUUUAAGCAGAAGGAUGACAAGACGUUUGAUUAAAUUGGAACUGGCCAUAGAUGAGCAUAUUUAAAGUAAAUAUAAGAGGUCUUCAGUGUUUUCAAAUCUCACGUUGCAAAACUAAACCCAAACUCAAAACUACGAAGACUAACAGGGAAGUGCUCAGGAAGUGAAUUACUCCACAUCCGUGGUUUAUUUUCUUCCUACACUUUGCUUGGAAAUACCUGGGGACUGUGACCAGCACAAUUUGAGUAGAGCUGGAACAGUUCUCAACAUUUUCAAAAUGGACACUUAGUAACUCGAGCCAUGCUCGCAGCUUUGCAAAUUAGGAUUCUUCUUGCUUGCUGAUUCUGAUCAGCUCCGGUGCUCAUAUUCAUUGUUUUUGUCUCAUUUACUCCUCCAAUUAAAUUGCAAAGAACACUUUCUCAUAUCUAUGAAAUAUUUGCAGUUUUUGGCUUGAAAUUUGGGGUUUGGAAAAUAGCAGUGAACUGUUUUUUUUGUCCUUGCUCCUUACUUUGAUUAGAAGUCAGUCUGUGAUAUGAAUUCCUUUCUCACGUGUGCAUUCUCAAUCCCCUGAUAUACCCUUACUGGGUAGAAGUCCAGUAAGACUGAAGCUAUUUUGUGCUGGUGAUGUCAUUCUUCCUCUCUGAAAAGGAGUUGAGACAUUGCACUGGAGUUGACUAUUGUUUCUGUGUUGAAAAAUUAAUAUAUAUGGUUUUAAGGUCAACAACAUUUAAACUGUUCAGCCUAAAACCCGGGAAAAAAAUAAAUAUUUCUGCAUAUUAUUUGAAGCGAACGAAUAUGAAGCAGAAGUAUUCAACCAUUCACCACGUCGCUUUUAGGAAUUCUGUACCUCUUUGGCCAAGGAGCUUCAAAUCUGUUAACAUGUGGAGAGCUAUGUGCAAGGCGUACAAUGUUUGAUUGUCCUUUUCAUAGGGUAAAUAUGACAACUGAAAUUGUGGUUCCUCAGAAGCAGACCGUAGUCAAGAAGCUAGGAUAUAUCACUGUGGAGUGCAUAGCACAGCUCAUGGUUUGUACAGCUGACCAGACAGGAAGAAUUUUAUAAAGAGGAGUGUGUUUUUUUGGAAGAUCUGGUAGGAUUCCAUAGUAUUAACAUGAGUGUUAUAAUAAGUUGGGUUUCUUCAGCAAUUGAGGAAAGCAUCAUUCUUCAAAUUUAAGAGUUAAUGUGUUAGGAAUUUAAUUUAUUUUGAGAUGCGUCUCAGGGAAGGUGUUCAUUUAACUCAAGUAGACCCGGGAGAAAAAUUCCAUAGUGCACUGAGCAUUGGUUUUCUGCAGAUCUGCAAGUUUCCUGGCAGCAAAUAAACUGUACCAUGCAGCUUGUUUCAACUGUUCCAGAUACUGAGGUGACAAAACUUAGUCUUCCAGCUCUGUUGAAUCAUGUUUGUAACUGUAGUUGCAAUUUAGUAUUUGGUGUAUGUAAAAUAAGAGCAAACCUCUGUAUUGGAAGAGAAAGAAAAAAUUAUGUGUUUCUCAGAACACUGUUGGUUAAAUGUAAAAAAGAGAAACAAAACAACAAAAAAUCCUGUAUGAUUACAAGUUGACAACUCCUACAGGCAGAAUAUUUCAGGAAAUAACUGUAUAAAUAAGGAAAACUUGUUUUGUCAUCAAACACUCACAGAGGAACUUUGCCCAAUCCAGUUUGCAUAGGCUGACAUUGGAGAAUCCAGCAUUUUCAGUAUCUUCUGUUUAUUUGGAAAUGCAUGCAUUUGUGUGAUACCACUGUUUUGUCUUUGUCAGACAUGUUAGCCAUUUUGUAUACAAGUUUCAUAGCUGUCCCUCAAAGAGAGGGGAAGGAACAAAGUGGAUAAAAGGAACAGUUGUUUCACUAUUAGUAUUUUCAUGCUCUGAAUACACAGGUACAUAGGUGAUUCAUCACAGAGUGAGCAUUACACAAAAGAACUGUGCAAGGAUAUCCUGCAGAGUAGUCCUUUCACUGCCUUGCACAGGGCAGCAGAUUAGGGGAACUAAGGUUGUUUUUGUUUGUAAAGCAGAAACAGUGAUAAUCACGGAUUGGGAAUUGUAAUUCUUCCAGUAAAAAAAGCACUGUUAACUUUUACUGGUAUUUUUAUUUGUGAAUUACGUGGCAGUGGUUCAGGUAUAAUGCAGGUUGGUGUGGUGGAGGGCCACAGGAGGGCCGUGAGGAUGCUAAGAGCACUUUUCCUAUGAGGACAGGCUGAGAGUUCGGGUUGUUCAGCCCGGAGAAGGCUCUGGGGAAACCUUGUAGUGGCAUUCCCGUACCUAAAGGGGGGCCUACAGGAAAGCUGGGGAGGGACUCUUUGUCAAGGAGUGUGAAGUGAUAGUACAAUGAGUAAUGGCUUUAAACUAAAAGAGGGUAGGUUUAGAGUUAGAUCUCAAAUUUCUACAUUUCAGCAAGUAUCUGCCAAAGUACUCCCUAGUAAUAAGCUUUCAGUAAAAUAAAAGUAAAGUUUCUUAAUUUAUGUAUAGUUUCUGAAAUUUUGUUAGUAGAUCCUGCUGCACAAAUUCUUUAAAUUCUUUUAACACAAUCAAAAGCACUGGGACUUCUAAAUUGUUUUUACUAGCAUUGCCAAAAAAAAAAAAAAACUCUGAAAAGCAGAAGCAAGUUCUGUUCAUCCUGGGGAUCUCUUAACAACAUAAAGCUGACCUUUAAACAGUAGCAUAAAUAAGUUAAAUUGACUGUUUCUAUUCCAACAUAAUGGAUAAAAAAAUCUAGAAAAGGGAAUUAUUAAAUAACAGCCUAGGCAUGAAAGAAGAUUGAUGGACUUCAGCCACAAAACUGUCUGAAAGCUGUUGAAUAAAAAGGCAGGAGACAUUGUAAAAUAAAUUAUAAGACAAGAAAGUAAACUUUCCACUCUAGGUUGAAAAAAUCCACGUGCCUCAGGCAUACUUCAGCCUUGUCUGAGAGCUGAUACUAAAAGCCCUUAGUAAGCAAGAGACGACUGGAAAGGGGAAUAAAAUAUUUUUUGUUUAGAGUAUGUAUACUUUGGUACAUAAAUUUAUGUGUAUAUGUAUACAACCCUCCUUUCAGCUUUUCUCCCCAAUGCCACAAUUUUAGUUUUUCAACCUUUCUCUCCAAACUCUAUGAUUAAAUGAUUCUUCCAGAAAGUGUUUUGAAGCAUAUCUGAAAGCUGUGGUAAACUGCUCUUUUACACCUGUCAGGAUGCUAUUAAUCUUUAAGUAGUAAGAGAGAUGAAAUCAAAAAACUACAUUUUACAUAAAUUACUUAGACUUCGCUGUUUAGCGAGAAUGCACAGGAGAGUGCUCCAUUCCAUAGGAAUCUUUCUCCCAGUCUUCUAUCCUCAGCCUUUACAUAGGUAUUAGUUAACAACAGUUUGUCACGUUUCUUUGAUCCUCCUUUUCUUCCUUUAACUAAUAAAUGUAUUUUUCUUCAUUUG